AGGUCACGGGACUGGACGUCACGCUGCAGGCUCAGGGCAGCUGUCUGUUAUUUCCUCUCAUCCCAGCUGAUAUUGGGAUAGUUUGUUUCUUGUUUAGGACCUAUUUUAAAGAAGGGAUGACAUACAUCUUCUGAGAGCAGGAAGAAGAUUUCUUUUCAAAUGUUUUCAGAAAGCAUUUAUAUUAACAAGAACCUCAAAAAUAAACUUGAUUCCUCAGACAUGGAUGUAGACUUUCUUCCAGCUCCUCAAAAGAAGACCAUGAGUCAUGAAAGUUGUCACAGAUUCUCCAAGUUGCUCCUCACCUCAUUCAUAAUACUUUUACUACUAUUGAAAAUCUUAUUCUCAGUUGCUCUGAUCACUUUGUUUAAACAACAUACUCAGCUUCCUGAUGAAAAAGCAAUUACGAAAGAACUGAAUUACACUGACCUGGAGUGUACAAAACAGCAUUUACUCUCAAAAGACAAAGUCUGGAGCUGUUGCCCAAAGGACUGGAAGCCAUUUAGAUUCCACUGCUACUUCACUUCGAAUGACUCAGCAUCUUGGAGUGAGAGUGAGGAGAAGUGCUCCAGCAUGGGUGCUCAUCUGAUGGUGAUCCACAACCAGGAAGAGCAGGAUUUCAUCACCAAGAUCCUGGAUCCUAAAGUUGUUUAUUAUAUUGGGCUUUCGGUUCAAGGUCCAGGUCAUCGACAGUGGCGAUGGAUUGAUCAGACACCAUACAAUGAAAGUGCCACGUUCUGGCACCCAGGACAACCCAACAAUAAGAAUGACAAUGAAGAAUGUGUUGUAAUACAUCAUCCUUCUUCUAGUUGGGGCUGGAAUGACAUCUCUUGCAGUUGUGUACGGAAGUCAGUUUGUCAGAUGAAGAAAAUAUAUUUAUGAAUCAAGCUUUUUCUGUGAACAUGGAUUGCAUUUUUAUCCAGCAUUACAUAGAUACCUGCAAAGAUCUUCUUGUGGAAGAGAUGACCAUAGAAAUUUAGGCAGGCAUCAACAGUUAUCCAUAUGAUAAUGCUGGUGCCCAUAUACUUAUUUAUUCAUCCUUAGCUCUUUAUAUAAUGAGAUUUCCCAUGUGCGAGAGACUCAAGACUCUACAGGAUCCCUUUGUGUAUAUGUAGAAGCACACUAGCUUCUCUGUCCAUUCUUAGAUUCCUAAAUUCUUAUUUGAUGGUAGAAUUGUAUGUUGUGGACCCUCCACUAACUUCUCUCUCCUUAGUCCUCUCUCUUUAUAUUAAUGAUAUAUAAUUGAAAAAUAAAUUAUAUAUAUUUACAUUGCA